AUGACUCCAGUCCAGCCUUCGGGCUCGCGCUCGGCCUCGGCGGCGAGUGCGCCGACGAAGGAGGCAGGCAGCCAGGCCUUUGAGUCGAAUCGCGCGCAGCUCGCGGAGCUGUUCAAAGCUGCCUUCGAGGGCGACGUCGCGAAGCUCGAGGGCCUGCUGUGCGCCUUGGCGAGCGAGGGCGCGGGCACAAGGCCGGCGUCUGCGUCUCCUUCGCGCGUGUCUUCUCUCUCCGCCGUGGCGCGGACUCGCUUAGCGUCGGCUCUUCCGGAGUUCCGCGACGGCCGCCGCCGCACAGCGCUGCACUUUGCCUGCGCGGGCGGCCGCAGAGACGCCGCGGCGCUGCUGCUGUCCCUCUCCCCAGCGCUGGCUGAGGCCCGUGACGAGGCUCAGGAAUCUCCGCUUUUUCUGCUUCUCCGACGCGGAGGAGGGCCGCCCCAGAAUGCACCAGACGCCGACGACGCCAUCCUCAACAUGCUCCUCGAACGAGGCGCAGACGUGAACGCGAAGAACGCCGACGGACUUACUCCCCUCCACGUCGCCGUUGGAGAGACCGACGGAGAGGAGGGGAAGGAGAUCGCCAAGAAACUCAUCAGUGCUGGAGCCCAAGUCAACGCGCCUUCGACGGCGUUUGGGUCGCCGCUGCAGCACGCGGUUCUUUCGCGGCGCAUGGCAACAGCGGAGCUGCUCCUGGGGGAGGGCGCAGAUCCGAACGGCUUCGCGCAGAGCGACGCGGGCGCCGCCUCUUCCGGUCGCAAGGCCCCGGAGACACGCAGACUGCCGCCGCCCCUCGUCUUUGUGAGCAGCGCGGGCGACGCAGCGGCCGUCCGCCUCCUCCUCGGCGCGGGAGCAGACCCCAACCGAGUCGACGCCGACGGCUGGACUGCGCUUCAGUGCGCCGCGGAGGCCGGCAGCGAGGCCUGCGUCAAGGCCCUGCUCGACGCGGGCGCCGACGCCAACGUCUGCACACAGGGCUUGACGGCCCUCGACCUCGCGCUUCAGUACAGACACACGGAGGUCGCUGCGCUGCUGAGGAGCGUCACUACGCGCGUCGGCAGCGCGGGAGAACAGGCGCCGAAGGAGGCGGUCGCGGCUGAGCGAGGCGCUGAGAAGAAGGAGCCGGCGACGAGCGAGCAAGCGUGCAGCGUGGGCGCGGCCUUCGUGGCAGAGUAUGAGGCGGAGGAGAAGCCCGCGGAGCUCACUGAGGAUGAGAAGCUGAAGAUCGAGGAGACCGAACAGAAGAAGAAGCACGCAAAUCGACUUGUCGCGGACGGCGACUACCAGCAGGCUCUCGCCGAUUACCUCGAUGCGCUGGAGAUCUGCCCGCGGAUUCAGCAGACGCGGCACCAGCGGGCCACGCUGCAUGCCAACAGCUGCCUGAUGCUUCUCAACUUGAAGCUGACGCCUGAGAAGGCACUCGAGCACGCCGGACGGGCAGUUGCACUGGAUCCCGAGUGGGUGCGCGGCUACUACCGCGCCGGUCAGGCGCUCGUCGCCAUGGGCGACCACGCCGAAGCGGCGCAGCUCUUUUGGCAGGCACUCCUGCGAGACUCCGGCAACGAAGACAUCUCGUAA